CUAGCGGCAAUGAAAAUGCAUUCCUUGUUGGCAUCGGAUAUUCUCUUAUGAAAGUCAUCUAACGGUUGCAAUCUGAGGACGUGGCUUCAGCAUGGCUGGUUUCAAGAGAGGAUAUGAUGGGAAGAUCGCUGGACUUUAUGAUCUUGAUAAGACCUUGGGCCGAGGACAUUUUGCAGUUGUCAAACUUGCUCGUCAUGUCUUUACAGGUGAAAAGGUAGCCGUGAAAGUAAUCGACAAGACCAAAUUAGACUCCUUAGCUACUGGGCAUCUUUUUCAAGAAGUCAGAUGCAUGAAACUGGUGCAACACCCCAACAUUGUUCGUCUGUACGAAGUGAUUGACACACAGACCAAAUUGUAUCUCAUUCUAGAACUUGGCGAUGGAGGCGAUAUGUAUGAUUACAUAAUGAAACACGAGGAAGGCCUCAGCGAGGAUCUGGCCAAGAAAUACUUUGCUCAGAUUGUGCAUGCGAUAUCCUACUGUCAUAAAUUACAUGUGGUGCACAGGGACCUCAAACCAGAGAACGUUGUGUUCUUUGAGAAACAGGGACUUGUAAAACUGACAGAUUUUGGCUUUAGCAACAAGUUUCAGCCUGGGAAAAAGCUAACCACAAGCUGCGGAUCCUUAGCUUACUCGGCCCCGGAGAUACUUCUUGGGGAUGAAUAUGAUGCUCCUGCAGUAGAUAUUUGGAGUCUGGGGGUAAUCCUCUUCAUGCUGGUGUGUGGGACUCCUCCAUUCCAAGAAGCAAACGACAGUGAAACGUUGACUAUGAUCAUGGACUGUAAAUAUACUGUGCCCAAGCAUGUGUCCAAGGAGUGUAAAGAUCUGAUCACUCGAAUGCUACAAAGAGAUCCUAAGAGAAGAGCAUCUUUAGAGGAGAUUGAAAACCAUCCUUGGCUCCAAGGAGUUGACCCAUCACCUGCAACAAAGUACAACAUUCCUCUAGUGUCCUACAAGAACCUCUCUGAGGAAGAGCAUAACAGCAUCAUACAGCGGAUGGUUCUCGGUGACAUAGCAGAUCGAGAUGCCAUUGUAGACGCCUUGGAAACAAAUAAAUACAACCACAUAACCGCAACUUACUUCCUCUUGGCUGAGAGGAUUCUGCGAGAGAAACAGGAAAAAGAGAUACAGGCCCGCUCUGCCAGUCCCAGUAACAUCAAAGCCCAGUUUAGGCAGUCCUGGCCCACAAAGAUUGAUGUUCCUCAAGACUUGGAGGAUGAUCUGACGGCUUCUCCAAUAGCCCAUGUGGCUGUUAUACCUACCGCAGCUCGCAGCACGGAGAGUGUGCUCAAUGGCCAUAGAAAUAAAGGUCUUGUGGAGCCUCUGAAAAAAGAGGAUGUACCAGAUUUUGCUGGUCCAGCAGCUUCAGGAAUUCCUCCUGUGAACCCAUCCACUAGUGGUAGAAAAUGCCUUUUCAGAGUGGAAGAGGAUGAAGAGGAAGAUGAAGAAGAAAAGAAGCCCAUUCCACUUUCCUCACAAGUUGUUUUACGUCGCAAACCUUCUGUAACAAACCGACUUACAUCAAGAAAGAGCGCUCCAGUACUGAACCAGAUUUUUGAGGAAGGAGAGUCUGACGAUGAGUUUGAUAUGGAUGAGAAUCUUCCUCCUAAGCUAAGUAGAUUAAAAAUGAACAUUGCAUCCCCUGGUACUGUACACAAAAGAUACCAUAGGAGGAAAAGCCAGGGUCGGGGGUCAAGUUGCAGCAGCUCAGAAACUAGUGAUGAUGACUCUGAGAGCAGGAGGCGACUAGAUAAAGAUAGCGGGUUCACCUAUUCUUGGCAUAGACGAGACAGUAGUGAAGGCCCACCUGGAAAUCAAGGUGAUGGGGGAGGCCAAGGUAAACCAAGCAAUGGAAGUGGAGGUGUUGACAAAACUAGUCCAAGCGAUAACAAAGGAGGGGGUAGUCCCUCCAAUAACUCUAGUGGUAACACCAACAACUCAUCUGGAAACACCCGCACCUGCUCUGGUUCUGGUAACCCAGUGCAGCAGUCACCAAGAAGUGCAGGAGAACUUGUAGAGAGCCUAAAAUUAAUGGGCCUUUGCUUAGGUUCCCAACUGCAUAAUGGGGCCAAGUAUAUUAUUGAUCCCCAAAAUAACCUAUCCUUCUCAAGUGUCAAAGUACAAGAGAAGUCCACUUGGAAGAUGUGCAUAAGCUCUAAUAGUAGUGCCAGUAAAGCCGCCCCACCCAGCGGUAUAAAGUUAUUUUCUGAUCAAAUGUCAGACGCCACUAAUGAACUGGAACGUCUAAAGAAGAAGAACUUUAAGAAUAAUGUAUUACAGCUACCUCUGUGUGAAAAAACGAUUUCUGUGAAUAUUCAGCGGAACCCCAAGGAGGGACUUCUAUGUACCGCUAGUCAAACCAGUUGCUGCCAUGUCAUAUAACAAUGGCAGUAAAACGCCAUUGUUUAUGGCUGGGGACAUUUGCUGUUUUGUUUAUUCCAUUGUGUUGUCUUGAUUUUUAAAGUGGGCUUCAUGGGCAAUUAUUUAUUUCUUUUCUUUCCCCAGGUAGAUCAGCAGCAUGUUUUAUUUUGUGCAGGCUGCUAGACAUCACUAUCUCUUCUGCCGACUUUCAAUAUAUUUUUUUUUUUUUUACUGUGUAACUUUAACUUGUUUUAACCA